AUGAUCGUUAGACAACUUCCGCGUUUGUGUCGCUCGCUUUCUACUGAAGUCUACCACCUUCCUUCACCUUCUACUUCUAUUAUUCCUCUUGUCGCCCGUGAAGUCGAAACUCAGCCCAUUCCAAAUGGCGCCCGUUCAAUAUCGCUAGCGCAUCCGAAGGAUCCAGCGGCUCAAUUACCACACUCGUUAUCGGACUCCCUGUCUUCAUCAAAGUCACAACCGCCACCACCUCCACCUCCAACGACAACACCGACCAUGGAUUCGGCACUUUCUCAGGUCGAAUCACCGAGCGUGCCAUCUAAAGUUGAAUCAAAGGGUCCAGUGUACUCCCAACCACCAUUUCAUACACACGCGUUCUUCACGGUCCUAGAGAAGACAUUUCCGACGCCUACAGCACGAGGUCUCAUGCGUGCAACUCGCGCCUUACUCGUUGAUCGCGUAGGCCGUGUCAGACGGGAGGGCUUGACUGCUAAGACUUGGACAAUGUAUGUCGCUCAAGCGUACCUUUUCCGUGCCGCCCUCUCCGAGCUCCGGUCGGAGAUCACAAUGACCACUAAGAACGACGUAACCGCAAUGAAGACAUCCGGUACAGUGCUGAGAAGAGAGGUAGAUAAACUAGAUGUUAAGAUGAAGGAAGACCUUGGGUUCCUCAAACAUGAGAUCCAGAUGGAGCUUGAUAGUCGGAAGAAUGAGGUCAAGGAGCAGUUCAAACGGCAAGACAUUUCCGUCGAGGAGAUGCUGAACAAGUUUAUUGUUGAAAUCAGCACCCUUCGAACAGUAGUGGAAGAGGUUAAAUGGGAUAACACACGGCGCGCUGUACUAACACUGUUCGGAUUCGUUGCGGUCAUACUAACGUUUAUGGAACUUCGACCCAAGCCACCCCCAACGCCGCCUGCUCCUUCAUCACGACAACAAGUCCAUAUACCCCCUCCACGAUCUCCCAAUCCUGUGUAUGAAACGGGCGAUGGGCUGGAGAAGAUUGACUGGGUCACAUAG